UCUGAUGUGUCGUUGAUAACAUCUGCCUGCCUGUAUAUAAAGUCAGAGACGUCAGACCUCUUCAUCAUUCACUCUCUCAGGACUCACCGGACUGCUCUUUCCAUCUCUUUCUCUCUCUCCGGGAUCAUGGAUCUUUCCAGCCUGCUGAUCGUCGUCUCUCUCGUAGCCCACAGCGGAGCCUUCGACCUGGGCCAGACAACUCGCUGCGUCCCUGUUCCCCAUCAGAUGAGCGUUUGUCAGGAUGUGCCGUAUUCUGAAAUGAGGCUGCCCAACCUGUUGGGUCACAGCAGUCUUGAAGAAGCGGUUCCUCGUUCUGAAGAAUGGAGAACUUUGCUUCAUACCGGCUGCCACCCGCAGGCCAGGACUUUCGUUUGCUCAUUGAUCGCUCCUGUGUGCUUGGACAGGUUUAUUCAGCCGUGUCGUAGCGUGUGCAGGGCCGUACGGGACAGCUGUGCCCCUGUUUUGGCCUGUCAUGGACACGCAUGGCCCGAAGCUCUGGAUUGUGAUCGGUUUCCCGAGCAGGAUGAUACGUGCCUGACACCUCUACCCAAACAUAUUAGCGCUUUCUCCAAAGAAUUUCCUCAGCCUGCCUGUCAAAACUGUCCAUCUGUAGAGGAGGUGCCUUCGCUAAAAAGAGUGAUGGAUGCCUUGUGUCUCAGUGAUUUUGCUGUGAAAGCCAAGAUCUCUCGCCGUCGUCUGCCCUCCUCAGAUCCAGAGCUGAUGGUGGAGGGACACGUGGAGUUUAUCCAGCGAGGUCCACUGCUCCCUUACGACACCGCCAGCCUCCUUCAACGCUGGCUCCUCAUCAACCUCAGAUGUGCUCACGAUCUGGUCCGACCCGGUCGCGCUCAGCUCUACCUCAUCACAGGAACCAUGCGCCCGAACGGAUCCAUCGAGCUGUCCAGCCUCUUCCCCUGGCUCAAAAAAGACCUCCAUAUCACUGUCGCUACACGCAAAUGGAAACACCACAAGUGCUAG